UCCGUCAGUACUUGUGCAGUGAGAUCCCUACAUCAACACACCCCUUAUGUAAAGUAGAUAUAGGGGUGUGUGUGUUUGUGUGUCUAUGUUUGUGUGUGUGUUUCUUGAGAAGUUUGGGCACGGUGCAGACUCAACUCCGAAGGAACUGAACCGACGACAACUGUUUCUCUCAACCCAUGGGUGCAAGAGAUUCACGUCCCACGUUGUACCCGGGGGACAUAGUGGAGUACCCCAGGAACAAAUACUUCUCUCAUUUUGGAGUUUACUAUGGAGAGAGGGAUGGGGUGUCCUAUGUCGCCCACCUAACAUGCAAAGAUUCUGAGUCUAAGCUCAUGCUCUUUGGUCGAGCCAUGAAGUCAGAGGUCAGGUUGGAUCCUGUGGAGUUGGUGGGGAAAAAAUAUAAGGUCAACAACAUGCUGGAAGGUGUGUUCCCGGCCAGGGACUUCCACAGUGUGGUGAAGAUGUCCAUAGAUGACAUGUUGGGCCGGGAGGUCACCUUCGAUAUCUUAUUCCACAACAGCGAGCACCAGGCCACGCUCUUCAGAUACGGCGUCAAGAAAUCUCAACAGAUAGAGGAGAUUUACGAACACAUCAUGCCAGCAUGGAAGAAAUUGUUCAAGAAGAAUCUUCUCUGAAGUUGCCCCCUGUACCAAGGCAUCAAUUAUUUACUAACCACCCUCCACCCACACCAUCCUACAACCGCCCCACACCACCAUCAUUGGGUGUCAAGAUAAAACGCUUUAAAAAUGUAAUCCAUCCUCAUCAUUAUCACCACCGGCCUUUGAGAGUGUAGAUCAGCUUCUGAACCACUAGAGGGCAGCCUUAUGCUACCGAGCUACUGACCGUAGUUAAAACGUGUAAAGAAUUAGUGUAAAAAACAUGUUUCGAGGUCAGAUUAAAUAAAGGUGUAGUUUUAUUACUACGUAGUUGAAAAUGUAUUUUAGGCAAUACAUUUAAAUGUAUUUUUCGCCAAUAAACAAGCAUUUAUCUGUCAA